UCCCCGGGCGCCGGCCCCGCAGAGUACGGAGCCCCCCAGAAUCGAAACGGAGGAAACGGACCGCGGGAGAACAUGGACGAAGGAAUCCCUCAUUUGCAGGAGAGACAGUUACUGGAACAUCGAGAUUUUCUAGGACUGGACUAUUCCUCUUUGUAUCUGUGCAAGCCCAAGAGGAGCAUGAAGCGAGACGACAGCAAGGAUACCUACAAAUUACCGCACAGAUUAAUAGAGAAGAAGCGGAGAGACCGAAUUAAUGAAUGCAUCGCUCAGCUGAAAGAUUUACUGCCUGAACAUCUGAAGUUGACAACGCUCGGGCAUCUGGAGAAAGCGGUCGUCCUGGAAUUAACUUUGAAGCACUUGAAAGCUUUAACAGCCUUAACCGAGCAGCAGCAUCAGAAGAUAAUUGCUUUACAGAAUGGGGAGCGCUCGCUGAAGUCGCCCCUGCAGGCCGACCUGGACGCCUUCCACUCGGGCUUCCAGACGUGCGCCAAGGAGGUCCUGCAGUACCUGUCCCGCUUCGAGAGCUGGACGCCGCGGGAGCCGCGCUGCGUGCAGCUCGUGAGCCACCUGCACGCCGUGGCCACCCAGUUCUGGCCCGCGCCGCCGCCGCUGCCGCCCCCCGCGCCCCCCGCGCCCCCCGCCGCCGCCGCCGCCGCCGCGCCCAAGGCCGAGCCCCCCGCGCACUGCGUGCCGGUCAUCCAGCGGACUCAGCCCAGCGCCGAGCUGGCCGCCGAGCACGACACGGACACCGACAGCGGCUACGGCGGCGAGGCCGAGCCCCGGCCCGAGCCGGCGCGGGCUGCGGGCCGCGUGGCCGUCAAGCAGGAGCCCCCCGGGGACGACGCGCCCGCGCCCAAGCGGCCCCGGCUGGACCCCCCCGGCGUGCCCGGCGGCCCCGCGGCGGCCGCGCUCCUGGGGCCCGAGCCGGGCGCGGCGGCCGCGCUGCUCAGACCCGACGCCGCGCUGCUGGGCUCGCUCGUGGCCCCCUUCGCGCCGCCCGCCGCCCCCUUCUGCCUGCCCUUCUACUUCCUGUCGCCCUCGGCCGCCGCCGCCUACGUGCAGCCCUUCCUGGACAAGAGCCUGGAGAAGUACCUGUACCCCGCGGCCGCCGCGCCCUUCCCGCUGCUCUACCCCGGCCUGGCCGCCGCCGCCGCCGCCGCCGCCGCCUUCCCCUGCCUGUCGUCCGUGCUGUCCCCGCCGCCCGACAAGCCCCCGGCCGCCGCCGCCGCGCCCCCGCCGGGCCGCCGGCCCCUGCCCUGCACCGGGCCCCCCGCCGCUGCCGCGCCCGACGAGCCCCCGCCGCCCCGGGAUGGGCCCUGAAGCCGCCGCCGUCCGCGCCCCGACGGUCACGCGCGCCGGACGCACGGCGGGCUCGGAAGCCCCGGCCGAAACGCAGGUGUCUGGUGUCCUUUGGCGUCCUGUUUGCGCGCCCCCGGCCCGCCCCUGCCCCCGUCCCCAAGGAGCCUCCGCGGGCGCUCCGGUUGCUUUUUCUGUCGACCACCCCCCUCCCCGCAAGUUCGCCUUCCCUUCCUUAGGCCACGCUCCUUUGCAGAGAGACGCCCCUGUUCUCCUCCUCCUCCUCCUUCUCCUCCUCCUCUCCCUCCGGGAGCUGGGGGGCGCGCCCCCGGCCCGCCAGGGUGCAGUGGGGGGACCCCCGCAGUCUCAUCCCGCCACUCUCCAAGUCUUUGCUCACGUCUGGCUUGGCCAAGGCACAGGAUACUCCGAGGAAGGCGCAGGGAUGCAGCCGCUCAGCCUCUGCGGGGCGGUUGGAAUGGGACCCCCCGGUGACUUGCACCCGGGCCUGGGGGCUCAGUCAGGGAAGGAGAUGGAGGAGGAGGCACGUUUGCUAGCACUUUAUUGAGAAACUGACCAGGAACCUGUCGGCUCCCCUUAAUUUCACGUAGACACGAAACACAUAUGUGUGGAGACGUAUGUAGACACGCAGAGUGCCGCUCUUCCCACAGUCAUUGAUGGAUCCAUCACGUUUUCAUCAAUUUGCUGUUGGGAAGGGGAGGGAAGUGCAAUGAACUAAAGGAAAACUUAAGUCCCAACUGAUGGAUCCGCUGUCCUCAUAAAUCAGAGUGGAGGGGGCAUUCAGCUGGUCAGUUCAGCGCCAGGAACCCGCCGGCCCGAAGCGUGUGUGGCCUCCCCAGCGCCGUGUCUGUGUGUUUUGUGGAGACCAAACCAGAUACCAGAUAAUCACAACGAAAGCUUUUAAAAUAAGGCUUACACCAAGACCUUGUCUAGAUAUUUUUAGUUUGUUGCCAAGGUAGCACUGUGAGAAAUCUCACUUGAAUGUUAUGUAAGGGGUGAGACACAGUCUAUGAGUGAAGAAAAUAUCUGGGUCUUUUAGUCAGUUUGGUGCAUUUGCUGCUGCCGUUGCUACUGUUUGCCUCAAACGCUGUGUUUAAACAACGUUAAACUCUUAGCCUACAAGGUGGCUCUUAUGUACAUAGUUGUUCAUACAUCCAAUUAAUAAUAUCCGACAUGCUAUUUUUGUAGGAAGAAGAUAUGAGCUAAUGAUAUUUUGAGUUAAGAUAUCUUUUGGGAGGAUUUGCUGAAAAGUCGCACUUUUGUUACAAUGCUUAUGCUUGGUACAAGCUUAUGCUGUCUUAAAUUAUUAAAAAAAAUAAAUAAAUACUGUGCAAGAAACCAGCUGUUUUAGAGAAGUUCUGCUAUGUGAAGAUCAACUAGAAAUCCUUUCUAUUUGAGUAUUUUCAACACUCCAUAAAUUCUAUUCCCUAAAUAUCUCCCCACUCUUUUGUGAUUUUAAAAAUUCUUACUAAGGAAUAAAAACUUUAAUAUAAGCUA